UUUGUGUUUUGACUCCACGUGCCCCACACCCUCUGGGACUGAGAUAGCUGAGUGACCCACAGCAACAGUUUUGGUUAAUCAUUAGACAAGCAGCUGGGACUGUGAAUUCCAUCUACUAACUUCUAAAGGCAGAAGGAGAAGCAGAACCUGCUUAGGCUGACGAGUGACAGCAAUGAAUUCCAAACAUCAGUUUGUGCAGCUCAGUGAUGGUCACUUCAUUCCUGGACUGGGCUUUGGCACCUAUAAACCUCAAGAGGUUCCUAAUAGUAAGACAAUAGAGGCCACCAAAAUAGCUAUAGAAGCUGGUUUCCGCCAUAUUGAUUGUGCUUAUGCAUACCAAGUAGAAGAGGAGGUAGGACUGGCCAUUAGAAGCAAGAUUGAAGAUGGCACUGUGAAGAGAGAAGAUAUAUUUUGUACUUCAAAGCUUUGGUCCACUUUUCUUCGACCAGAACUUGUCCAAUCUUGUUUGGAAAGAUCACUGAAAAAACUUCAUCUUGAUUAUGUUGACCUCUACCUUAUUCAUUUCCCAGUAGCACUGAAGCCAGGGGAAGAGCUUUAUCCACUAGAUGAAAAUGGAAAAAUCAUAUGUGAUUCAGUGGAUCUCUGUGCCACAUGGGAGGUCAUGGAGAAGUGCAAGGACGCAGGAUUGGCCAAGUCCAUCGGGGUGUCCAACUUUAACCGUAGGCAGCUGGAGAUGAUCCUGAAUAAACCAGGCCUCAAGUAUAAGCCUGUCUGCAACCAGGUAGAAUGUCAUGUUUAUCACAACCAGAGGAAACUGCUGGACUUCUGCAAAUCCAAAGACAUUGUUCUGAUUGCUUAUAGUGCUCUGGGAACUCAACGAGAAAAACGAUGGGUUGACCAGAGCUCUCCAGUUCUCUUGGAUGAUCCCGUUAUUGGUGCCUUGGCAAAAAAGCACAAGCGAUCCCCAGCCCUGAUUGCCCUCCGCUACCAGCUGCAGCGUGGGGUUGUGGUUCUGGCCCAGAGUUUGAAGGAAAAUGAAAUAAAAGAGAACAUUCAGGUUUUUGAUUUUGCGUUGACCGAAGAAGACAUGAAAGUCCUAGAUGGCCUGAACAGAAAUUUUCGAUAUGUUACCUUUCAUCUUAUGGUGGACGAUCCGAAUUAUCCAUUUGCUGAUGAAUAUUAACAUGGACACUUUUGUCAUAACGUCGACUAGUAACCUCACUUUGAUUGUGAGGCAGGAGUUAGCUCAGAUGGUCCUGAUUGACACAUCACUUCUGUUGUUAAUCCAUAAUUCUUAGCAACUCAUAUUCUGCCAAAGCAAAGUUCACCAGUCCAAUAAAGAAAGCACUAAUUUUCCAGCAAUUUUUGAAAUAAAAAAAUAAAGUUGUUUACCUUAAGACUCUUA